AUGUCCACCCGGAGAAGCGCCAGGCUCCACGCUUUGCAGGACCGGGUGCCUACAAGCGCCCAAGAUGACUCCGGCACUGACAUGCCUAGCAAAACAGGCAAGCGUAAAGGAACAGUGAGCAAAUUGCACGAAAAGCCCCUCGUCAUCAGCAAUGCGAAAAGACACGUCGCCAGCAAGGAUGGAAUGCCAGCUACAAAGAAAGCCAGGGUAGAAACUAGUUGUAUGAAGGCUGAAGAGUUAUCCGCGAAGUCACCAACGAGUACAACGACCGACCUUCUUUGGUCCUGUCCACGAGAGAUUCUGAACUUGAUUUUGGACCAUCGAAGUGCUGAACGCAAUCAGAUUGAGGAUACUAGGACGCUCGGAAGACUUUGCUGCACAAGCAAGAGUUACUUUGCCAUGGUUGCACCUCGACUCUACGAGCGCGUUAAUAUCUCCGUAGCGUAUCACGCUCAUAUUCCGAAGUUAAUCCGAACUCUUGAGCCUUUUCUCUCUAUUAAUCAAAGAAAACAACUCAGGAAGAAGGGCCAGUAUCGAGGCCAACAAGAAAGCUUCCCCAACGUUGUUGAUCCUCAAAAGAAGCCUCGUUUUGGGGAGUACGCCCGCCAAGCCUGCCUUUUCAUCGGCGACCCAGGAAGAAAUCACAAGUACAUUGUAAAUCGAUAUGUCGAGGAAGCUCUGAAGAAUAUGCCCAAUCUUGAGGUCGUCGAAACCUCUAGCAUCACAGAAUCUAUCUCUAAGAGUCUAGCAAGCCAAAAGAAUUUGAGAGCCUUGAACGUUUCUGCCGGAAACUUGGGAGAAAGCGAAUCCAAACCGCUAGCGAAAAUCAAAGAUCUCAAACACUUGGCCAUUCAUCUGCUCGGUUUUGCUAGCCCCAACUUCCGAAAAGACAAUACUCCAUUAUCUUUGAUUCUCAAUUCUAGAACAACCCUUCGGAGUCUGGUCAUAGAGACUUUAUCGUUCAGCUCUGUGUUCUUGGAUGACUGGCCGAAAGGCAAGAGCCUUACCUCGCUCAAAUCGUUGUCUCUUACGGGAGCUACUAUUGAUGAAGAAUUUUUGAGCGCUCUAGCAAAUGCUGUCGACUUUGUUGCGCUGGAAGAAUUGAAGUUUGGCUAUCUCUCACAUGACCCGAAAAUAUUGUUUCAGUAUCUUAGCGAUGUCUUCUCGAAGACCCGAGAUAACCACAAGUCCAAAAUCAAAAUGCGCAACUUGAGCAUUGAAAUGGGAAAAGAAACUCCUUUCGCGGUACCUGAGGAGCAAGAAGCGCACGUUGACGCCAGAAUCGACUUUAUAUCGUCUUUCGACACUUUGACUUGUCUGGAGCUGCAUGACUACGGCCAAUACCGUCAAGAGAUCACGGUCAAUCCUGGUCUGAAGAGCUCACUCGUCAGAGCUAUUCUCAAACAUGAGAACCUGACCAAGCUGAAGAUAUCCUACAGAGGUGUCACGAGUGGCUACAAAAUAACGUCCUUGGAACCUGAGACGGUCUCGACUCUGGUUGAUAAUCUUCCAGAGUUGAAGGUGUUUGAGUUUAUUCCAGAACCGACCAAGCUGGCAGAAAUUGCUAGAAUCAUAUGCCGUGGCCGCAACCUGACAACCGUCACUCUUAUUACCGGCGGCUCAUGGUCGAGCCUAGCUCAAAAUCAGGAGAAGGGCUUAGAGCUUCUGCAUUCAAUCUUCGACCAAGUUCUGAAGGGCGAUGCGAACAACGACGUGGGAGUUUUCAAAUGGGAAGACCAUAGCAAGAUCACUCGCGUGGCCAUGGAUUGGAUGAUAUGGGAAAUCGGAUCGAAACUCGGCAAGGCCAAAAAAGGAAUGAAAAAGGCCAAGAAGAUGAGCGUUGCAGUUGGAAAGCAGAAGCGGGAGGUCUUGUAUCGUGAUAUCGCGGAUUUCAUUCGCGUCCCUCUUCUCAAUGGGCUUGGGAGCAAAUGGGUAGACAAGGUUAAGAACGAUAUCGAAUAA